AUGCUUAGAAGAGAACCAACUACAAUAAAAUUAUCACCAGAAGAUGUAUUAGAAUUUGAUGAAUUUAUAGAACAACAAAAAUUACUAAAACAACAACAACCUCAACAACAACAAAAUGUUUCACAAACUUCUCAACAAAAUACUUCAACAACAAUAAAUAAUAAUAGUAAUUUACAUCAAAAUCAUAAUAAUACUGAUUUAAGUCCUUCAAGUAUAUUAUUACAAGAACAAUUAAAUAAUAGUGGUGAAGGUAUAUUACCUGAUUAUAAACAAAAUGAAAGUUUACAAGAUCGUCAAAUAAAAUCUAAAAAUGAAAGAAUUGGAGUUAAUAAAAAUUAA